CAAACCUCUGGAUUUGGCCUUCCAACACAUCCUGGAGAGUCAGCAGCAGGCGGGGGAACAUCUCGCAGAGCUGUUGGAAGCCCUCAACUGUGUGGCUCGUGAGUCUGAGGAGUGCUUCCUCCUGCUCUCUGAUGAAGUGGUGCCCACAUGUGCGCGUAUGGAUGUCUCCAUGGGAAGGACGGCAGAUGUCAUGGAGACUCUGGUCCAGCAGAAUGCAGAGGUGUGCGCGGACUUGCAUUCCAUCACGGGAGCCAUGGAACAUGCCAGAAAGUCACAAUGAUCCCUGACUACAACAACACAGCUUCCCCUUUGUUCUUCAAUUCCAGCUUCUCCUGGAACAAUGACUCACAAAGUAGAGUGGCUCUUGGUGACAGGGCAGUACAGCAAAGUGCCAAUGGCUUGUUCAGACCAGCCGCAGUUUCUCCCACAACCUCUCUGGAAUCGAAUGGAUCUGUUUUAAGUAAUGGUACAGCUGACCCUCUUGGAGGUCACACCGUUUGGCAAGUUGUGUUGAUCGCCUUCUUUACAGGAAUACUCUCCUUGGUGACAAUCAUUGGAAACAUUCUGGUUAUAGUUGCAUUCAAGGUGAACAAACAAUUGAAAACAGUAAAUAAUUACUUUCUUCUAAGUCUCGCCUUUGCAGAUGUGAUAAUUGGAGUGAUUUCAAUGAACCUGUACACAACAUACAUCAUAAUGGACAGAUGGGCUUUAGGUAAUGUAGCUUGUGACCUCUGGCUUGCUAUUGACUAUGUUGCCAGCAAUGCCUCUGUCAUGAAUCUUCUUGUUAUAAGUUUUGAUAGAUAUUUAUCAAUUACACGACCACUUACCUACAGAGCUAAACGAACUCCCAAAAGAGCUGGAAUAAUGAUUGGCCUGGCUUGGAUAGUCUCCUUUAUACUCUGGGCCCCUGCCAUUUUGUUCUGGCAAUAUUUUGUUGGCGAAAGAACUGUGCCACACGGUGAAUGUUCCAUACAGUUUUUAUCUGAACCCAUAAUUACUUUUGGUACCGCUAUUGCUGCAUUUUACUUGCCUGUCACCAUCAUGACAAUCCUGUACUGGAGAAUCUACAAGGAAACUCAGAAACGCACCAAAGAACUGGCAGCUCUCCAGGCCUCCACCACCGACAUGGAAACCAUACACUUUGUUCAUCAAACAGGCAGCUCCAGAAGUUGCAGCAGCAAUGAACUGCAGCGGGCAGGGAUGAAAGCAAAAAGGAGUCUCAGAACGUGCCGUUUUUGGCCAAACUCAAAAACGUGGAAGACCAAGACUGAGGGUGAACAAGAGGCAAGCAGCAGCGAUAGCUGGAAUAACAAUGAUGGUGGUGGCUCUUUAGAUCACUCAGCUUCAUCUGAUGAGGAUGAUGUGGUAUCAGAAACAAGAGCAAUUUAUUCUAUUGUGUUAAACCUACCUGGGCUUAAGACGGCUGCUGGCCUCUCUAGAUCCAUGAACACAGAUAACAUGGACCUUUGCAGUGAUGAACUUGCCACAGCAGAUGCUAAUGCAAAGGAAAGGAAGUUCAGGUCACAGGAAUUUAAGGGCUCAGAUGAGCAAGGCAAUAGCUUCCACCAGCAUUUUGGCAAACUUCCUGUUCAGUCAAUGCCAUCAAUCCAUCCUUCAAAGACUUCUGGAGGAAUUGCGUCGUUAGCAAAAUCAUCCACAUCUAUGUCUCUCAGAGAAGCCACAGUUGCUAAAGCAUUUGCUUCGAAAACGAGAACUCAGAUUACAAAGCGUAAAAGAAUGUCACUUGUAAAAGAAAAGAAGGCUGCACAGACGCUCAGUGCAAUUUUGCUUGCCUUUAUUAUCACAUGGACACCUUAUAACAUAAUGGUAUUGGUAAACACAUUUUGUGACAAAUGCAUUCGUGAUGCACUGUGGCAUCUAGGCUAUUGGCUGUGCUAUGUCAAUAGCACUGUGAACCCCAUGUGCUAUGCACUUUGCAACAAAACCUUCAGAAACACUUUUAAAAUGUUACUGCUUUGUCACUGGGAAAAGAGAAAAAGGCGUAGGCAACAGUAUCAAUCGAGUCAAACUGUUAUUUUCCAUAAAAGGAUUCCAUGCGAGGCUUCCUGAAGCUAUAUUCACCAGAUCGUGAUUGUUUUUUGGUACCAAUUAACAGCUUUGGUCAAGAGCAUACAGGCUAUCAGUGUUGUGAGCACAUGGCUGAAGUAUACGCUGCUUUGUAUUUUGUGUCGGAUGGUGUUUACAUGAUGUAGACAGCAGUACAAGUAUUUAAACUAGUGUUGGUGUAUUUAAAUUGUAUAAUUUUUUCUUUCUGUUCAUAUGAAGUUCAUGUAUGCUUUUGCUUAAUAUUUAUUUAACAUGAAUAUAACACUUAAGUCCUUAAUGCUAUUAUCUCAUUACGGCAACUACAGAUACUGGAUUUUACGACUCAAACCUCGAGAGUAUUGCCAUAAACAGUCGCUUAGUAUUACAGAACUUGAAUAUUGCUGAAAAGAGAGAGAUGCUUCUGAAGCUUUUCAUCUUGCACUCAUCAGAACAAAUACAAGAAUGCCAAAUUUCAAAUGAUCACAAUUUAUACUAGGUCAGAAAAGGGUGCUUAUUGGUUGGCAAGUCAACUCUGAUUGGCUGAAGUAUUGCCCUGGAGAAAACAACGGGCAAUUAUAGGCUCCCCAAGCUCCCAGGUAAUUCAAAAAAGGUGCAAGGCUUGAACAUAUUCCUUUUGUUUGCAGAGAACGGGUCCCUACAUAUGAAUGUACAUUGCUUCUAACAAGCAUAAAUGAGCCAUGUUACAAUCCCAACUGAUUAUCUUAAAUUGGUUGUUAUUGUAGCUAUUAGUGAACUCAGGAUUGUUCAGCAAGUGCUGCCUAAAUUGUUGUGAUCAUUUGAAAUUGGGAAUUCUUGCAUUUGUCCUGAUGGGUGCAAGACAAAAAUUCUGGGAAACUUGUCUCUCUUUUCAGCCGUAUUCAAGAGUUGUCAUACCUCAAUUUUCAUCAAUGUUCCUCCCACUAUCCCUCACCUCCCACAAAAUUAUCUUUUCACCCUCCUUAAAACUCCUCAUUACCACACACCCUCCUUCAGUUUAAAAAAUAAAAGGGCUUGGAUUGAACUGUCUAUUUGGCUUUGUGAUCAGCUCCAAUAUGAUGCAGUUCAGUAGGACAGAACUGGUUCUACUAAAAAAAAACUUCCAUUCCCCCGAAUCCCCACAAAAUUGAAUUGGGAUUUGAACUUUCCAUUAAGAAGUCCACUACUCUCUUUCACCAACUGCUAGACUACUGUUUGUUUGAUGUAGCAAAGCUGGGUUCUAAAUACUACUGUGGAAAAAUUUUGACAUCAACCACCUUGAACUUUAUGCAGUAUCUGUAUUCUCUGGCAUAAUUCUUUUUAAAAGGACAGUCGAAGACCAAGAAUUGUGAAGAGCGAUUUUAUAUGAUGUAUAUCUAUUUCAUUUCACUUUGUGUAUUCCAAUGAAAAGAAAGUAUUCUGGGUUUAAAUUAUUGUCACUGCAAAAAAAAAACCAAAUGAACCGUGUACUCUUAGAUGCGCAGUAUAUGUUUAACUCCUUUUUUGACUAACAGCCAUCAAUGUUAUGUGGUCUUGGAUUUAAGUUUGGAUCCAUCAUAAAAGCUCCAAGUUUAAGAAGACUUGAAAAAAAUAUAUAGAAUGGACUUUUUAGUGUUCCUACUUAGUGCCAGGCCCAAAGGAUAGUAUUGUAAAAAUGAUGACUUACAACAUAGUUCAAUGUCAAUAUGAAAGAACACUCCACUGUACUUUAACCAUCUUUUUGUAUGAUGUUGUAAAAUUUAGUACAUGAGACUGGUAGUUCAAUUCAGUUCUAUAACUUGACGUGUCCAUUUCGAUAUUGAAUGUAUUGUUCUAUCAAUUGGUUU